AUGGACGAAUAUACGGAAGCUCCAAUGGAGAGUGAUGAUGUCUUUCCCUGCAAAGGGUGCGGUGAGAUACUUGAGGAGGGUAAAGCAUUUGAAUUAGCCGGAAAUCGAUGGCAUCUUAAUUGUUUCCGAUGUAACACCUGCGGUACCCUUCUCGACUCGGACGCAAACCUUCUGUUGCUAGGAGACGGCUCACUUAUCUGCAAUAACUGCACUUACAGCUGUAGCGCUUGCGGCGAGAAGAUUGAGGACCUUGCAAUACUUACUGGUGACCAGGCUUUCUGUGCUGCCUGCUUCCGAUGCAGAAAUUGCAAGAGGAAAAUUGAAAACCUGCGAUAUGCAAGAACAUCACAAGGAAUUUUUUGCAUGAACUGUCACGAAUCCUUGAUGGCUAGGCGUAGAAAGAAAUCCAAAGCUGCCGCCCAGGCAAAGGCGCGCGAAAAAGACGCAUCACCAAUGAUUGUCGACAAAUCUCUCCCGGCACUCCCUCCUAAUGCAAUACCGCCAAAUGCCUUUUCCGACGACAGAGUUGAUCCCGAUUACGACACGCCUACAGAACUCUCGCCUCGACCACGACCAGCACAUCCUCGAAACGAUUCGUCAAGAAGCAAUUCAAGACCAUCCAGAUCACCUGAACGUUCGGUCGACCACAACGCAAGAGAUGAUGGAAUGACUCUGAAUUCGCGGACUUAUCGAAACAAUCGCAACUCAUCCAUGUUCUCAGGAAGCGAGGUUGGAGGUAAUACCACUGCAGAUGAUCAAAGCUUCUUCAUUCCAGUUGCUUUAGACCCAAGUCCGGUACCUUCCACAACCCCUCGAUCGACCUCAGAGGCUCUGGCCGACCCCAACAGGAAGCUGAAAGACAAAGAUUAUUUCAGUCUGCCAAAGCCAACUACAACUACUGGCUCAGACCGAAGGGAUACCUCGCAAACGUCCACGCCGCAUAUUGCUUUCCAAGAGAAGGGAAGACAAUCUUCUGUUGAUCACGAGAGUCCGCCUCCUAGGGACAUAGGAAGAAAGCUUUCUAAGUCUUCCAGAAGCGAUAAGAACGCGCCACCUAAAUCAACCCCUCCGGAAGACUGGUCUCAGAAGAUACCGAAUGGGAAGUCUCACUCUUCGGAUGAUUUCAAGUUGCAGGAAGCACCUAAGAGCAAGAAGACUGAUUCGCGGUCGGAUUCACAAUCGAACGCCGUUCAGGAUUCUACUCUUUCUAGGGGUAGCAGCAGUUCUAGCCGGAACGACAGUUCACCUCAGCAUUUGAACACAGGUGAUAAGACGGGCACCCCUCGUACUUCACAGGAUUCUCGCCCCAAAGAAGACGAUGAAGUGCGUUCCAACGACUCUCUACCUGCAUCAAUUAGCAAUAAUGGGAAGCCAGUUACCAGAAAAGAACUCCCCCCUACUGCCUCUAGAAACGUAAACGGUGCAGCAUCUCGACCCGCCGAACAAAAACUUUCUGAUGCGUAUAUGACCCCAAGGGCGCCGCCUGCUCCGCCAGUGUUGACUUCGGGUCAGGAGUCGAUGAGUUCGAAUGGUGAAAGCAAAACGUCGCCUAAAUUGCCGAGAUGGAGCGCAGGUGGUGACUUCAGUAUGGAUGAAGACAUGGCUCGUAUUCUAGGUACGGAUGAGGGUUCUUCCUCCAUACUUCGCCGGGUUUCGAACGCGGUGCGGCAUGGACGGACUAAUAGCACUGAGUCAAGCACUAACCUUCCUCGAGUUGGCCAUACUCGGAGCGCCAGUGAAACAACGCGCACGACUACAUCGCCUCGUUGGCCUAAGACCCCCAUAGCCGAGGAUGCCCUGAAUGGUAACAUACACGAUCUUACAAGUCCCUUGUCGGUAAAUUCGAACGAUGACCCGGUCCUAUUGAAACGACGAUUACGAAACUCGGAACAGAGAGUCGCAGAAUUGGAACGCCAGUUCAAUAACGAGAAAGACCUGAAGACUCUUAACCAGAAGCUCGAGGAGAAGCGGAAGACGGUUUCCGUAUUGGAUACUCAAACUGAAAUAAUGAUUCGUCAGUUGGAAGUGCUGGCCGGAUACGUGGAAAGGGCUAAGGAUACUAAGCGACCUAUUGACCCCCGCGAGUUAGAGGAAUCUGCACUGAAGGAUUUUGUACAGAAGCUCGAAAAGCUCAAGCAGUCCAUGUCAGCUAGCCUGGAGCAGCUCCAUACCGAGCGAGAUGAACUUGUUGAAGAGAAGAACAGAGCAAUUGCCGAAAGAGAUCGUGCUCGAGCGGAAUUUGAACAACUUGUGUCUAAGAACGCACAGUUGGCCGACUUGAACAACGAUCUCACGAACCAGAUCCAGGGACGAUUCAAGAACCAUUCAGACCCGAGAUCGCCUCCAAACGGACUUGGAAUCUACAACCAGCACAAGGGUUCAUCGAAUCAUUCGGUCAGCUUGGACAGCUCCAGCAUCCAGACCGGUACGACAGUCCUUGCUGGAGACCACGAAGAGCCAAUCCUCGAGGCCGGACCAACCGUAGUGAAGAUAGGAAAGGGUCAGGUCAAGAAGUUCAACUGGAAGAAGGGAUCAAAAGCCAUGGCUCAGAACAUUGCCAAGGGUGUAAACCGUACAGUUGUCGCCUUCCAACAACCAGAACGUGAGCGUCACCAGCUAGGCAUGGCUGGCGAAAGCAUUGGUCUCCCUUACAACAUGACGGUUGUACCUGUUGAGUCACCAGUUACGCAUACACCUAUAAAUGGCCAACAAAAUCGACAAGCUGUAGACGGAGGUCGCCAAGGUUUCUUCGGAUUCAAGAAGGGAAAUACACUCCCAAGAACGAUGACAGCAAUUAACGUAUCAUCCCCGGCUCUCGCCGAGGCGCCCUCAGUUCUCUUUGGCUCUGAACUAGCAGAGAGGGCUGAUUACGAGCGCCGUCAGAUCCCGUGCGUUGUAACGCGGUGUAUUGAAGAGGUCGAGCUCAGGGGUAUGGAUAUGGAAGGUAUCUACCGGAAGACCGGUGGAAACUCCCAGACCAAGGCUAUCCAAGAAGGGUUCGAUAAGAAUGAGAACUUUGAUAUUUCGGAUCCGGACAUAGACAUCACGGCUGUGACAAGCGUACUGAAACAGUAUUUUAGGAAGCUGCCGACACCAUUGCUCACAUUUGAUGUUUAUGACCGCAUACUUGAGACAAAUUCACUUGCGAGUGACGAGGAGAAAUGCACGCAUCUGCAAAGUGUAUUCCAGCAGCUCCCGCCUCAGCACAAGGAUUGUCUUGAAUUUUUGAUGUUCCAUCUUCAUCGUGUCGCUGAGCGAGAACGAGAUAACCUUAUGACCCCCAAGAAUCUUGCUGUGGUUUUUGCACCUACCAUCAUGCGAGACCACAAUAUUGAGCGAGAAAUGACAGACAUGCACGCUAAGAAUCUUGCUGUGCAAUUUAUCAUUGAGAAUACCCACAACAUUUUCACUUAA